AUGGUCAACCCAUCCUUCUUUGUUCCAACUGUGAUGCUUCCGAAGAAGAUUGCUUUUUGUCUACUGGUUUUGGAGUCUGUAACCACUAUAAAUACUCUUGACCAUGUUUCCUGGGCCCAUACUUGUCUAGAGCAGGAAUGUAAGGAUGCAGAGGAUGAACUGGUCUGUCUACAAGAAAAGAUGGCAGAGAAGAUCAGCAAGUUGCAGCGUGGUCUAGAGUUGUUAAAAUUUGGUGAGGAGUAGGAUACUGAGGAAGAAUAGGCCUGCCUGGCAGAGGAAUGGGCUUGUAUUGUCGAGGAAUAGGUCUGAGUCAAACAGGGACAUGGCGUUCCUACCUCUAAGGCUUCUUCUUUGGCCUUCCCUUCCUCCUUGUCUGGGGUAAAUUUUGAUCUUGGCCUGAUAUCAUUAUCGACUGUGGCCGCAUGGGCUUUGGUUGGUCAGGGUUCUAACAGUAAAAACCCUUAAUUAACUUUUAGAUCCCAUUACUUAUAAGAUGUUUCUGUGAUUCCUAG